AAGAACUGGAAAGGCACGAGAAGCUAGUGGGCGGUGGGGUGGGCGAAGCGAAGCCAACAUCCUUCCAUCACAAAUGGCCCUAUUUCUCUCUCACUCUCUCUCUUACUUUUCCCCAUUUUUUCUGCUCUCAACUUUCUACUCCCACUCUUGCUGGACCUUCCUCUGCUCUAGAUCCCUGAUCUAGGUCCUCACCAAAAUGGUGAAUGAUACUGAGUAUUACGACAUUCUUGGUGUUCGUCCUUCUGCUUCUGAGGAGGAGAUUCGUAAGGCUUAUUAUCAUAAGGCGAAACAAGUCCAUCCGGAUAAGAAUUUGAAUGAUCCUCAAGCUGCUGAAAGGUUUCAGGCUUUGGGUGAAGCUUAUCAAGUGUUGAGUGAUGCAGUCCAAAGAAAUGCCUAUGAUAGGAAUGGGAAGCAUAGUGUUACUAGGGAAUCCAUGCUUGACCCUACUGCUGUUUUUGCACUUUUAUUUGGAAGUGAAUUAUUUGAGAACUACAUUGGGCAUUUAGCUGUAGCAUCAAUGGCCUCAUCUGAAUUAGAGAGCGAAUCUGGCAAUCCAGAGAGAUUACAUGAUAAGUUGAAGGCUGUCCAGAAAGAAAGAGAAGAAAAACUUGCACGUAUACUUGAAGAUUUUCUUAAUCAAUAUGUUCAAGGUGAUAAAGACGGAUUCUUACAGCAUGCUGAAUCUGAAGCUAAAAGACUUUCUGAUGCAGCUUUUGGCGUUAAUAUAUUGCACACUAUAGGCUACAUUUAUUCGAGACAAGCAGCACAAGAGCUUGGAAAGAGAGCCAUUUAUCUCGGAGUGCCAUUUGUGGCCGAAUGGUUUCGCAACAAGGGACAUUUUUGGAAGUCACAAAUAACAGCUGCAAAAGGUGCAUUUCAGUUGUUACAACUUCAAGAUGAUAUUAGCAGGCAAUUUAAAAUGGAUGGGAGUGGCCCUGGAACUGAUAUUGAAUCGCAUAUUCAAGCGAAUAAAGACACAUUCCUCAAUUCUCUGUGGAGGCUUAACGUGGUUGACAUUGAACUGACUCUUAUAAAUGUGUGCCAAAUGGUGCUACGGGAUACUACUGUUAGAAAGGAAGAUCUAAAAGCUCGCGCUCUGGCACUGAAGGUUCUUGGAAAGAUAUUCCAGCAAGAGAAGCAGGCGCAAGAUAGUGGUACGUCAAGAAAGAAAGGUGCUGCUGCAGUAGAUGACGAAGGAACGAGUUCAGAGAGCAGCGAUGAUGAGGAUGAUCCCCGAAGACCUCUGUCGUAUCGAACUCCUUUUCUUACUCAGGGUAUAGGUAGACUCUUCAGAUGCCUCUGUAACCCAGCAUUUGAUGUUGACGAUGAUGAAAUUGUGUAUAAAAGCAAAUGAUAAAUAUAUAUGUUGAUGAAAGAAGGUUUAUCUCUCAUCUUUCAACAAGCAUAGAAAGGCUCAAAGCCUUCAAUUGUGUUGACAAAUGAUGUGGUUGAACUGAAAUCAAUGAUCUCCCAUUUUGCUACAAGUUGGCAUUAUGUACAAUCGACGUUACUCGUUCUGUUAACAGUUUCAUGAAAUCACAGACCACAUAUAUAUUA